AUGGACAAGCCUCAGCAACCCAGCUCCUUCCAGCAGCUGGAGAAGCUUGGUGAAGGCACCUAUGCGACUGUUUUCAAGGGCCGCAAUCGACAGACAGGAGAAAUGGUGGCUCUGAAAGAGAUUCACCUGGAUUCAGAAGAAGGAACGCCAUCGACGGCGAUUCGAGAAAUCUCGCUGAUGAAAGAAUUGAAGCACGAGAGCAUCGUCUCGCUCUACGACGUCAUCCACACCGAGAAUAAACUGAUGCUGGUGUUUGAGUUUAUGGACCGAGAUUUGAAGCGCUACAUGGACACCAAGGGAGACCACGGCUCUCUCGACUACAUCACCAUCAAGUCGUUCAUGCACCAGCUCCUGCGAGGCAUCGCUUUUUGCCACGACAACCGAGUCUUGCACCGUGAUCUCAAACCGCAAAAUCUGCUGAUCAACAAAAAGGGCCAGCUCAAGCUCGCCGAUUUCGGUCUCGCCCGUGCCUUUGGCAUUCCGGUCAACACCUUUUCCAACGAAGUCGUGACGCUGUGGUACCGUGCCCCCGAUGUUCUCCUAGGUAGCCGCACGUACAACACGAGCAUCGACAUCUGGUCUGCCGGCUGCAUCAUGGCAGAGAUGUAUACCGGACGCCCGCUCUUCCCUGGCACGACCAAUGAAGAUCAGCUCCAGAAGAUCUUCCGCCUAAUGGGCACGCCAUCCGAACGCUCGUGGCCCGGCAUCUCCCAAUUCCCGGAAUACAAGCCCAACUUCCACGUCUACGCUACCCAGGACCUAAGACUCAUUCUUCCGCAAAUCGACCAGCUCGGUCUUGAUCUACUGACUCGCAUGCUGCAGCUCCGCCCGGAAAUGCGCAUCAGCGCAGCAGAUGCCCUGCGACACCCGUGGUUCAAUGAUCUACCCCAGCUUCAGGCGCAGUUGCAGCAGCAACAACAGCAUCAGCAUCAGCAAUCACAGAUGGCCGCAGGCUACGGCAAAAUAGUUGCAGCGCAACCAGGGUAUUGA